AUGAAUAUUGUCGAAUACAGAAAACAUCGCAAUGAAAAUCAAAUUAGAACAUGUUGUUGUAAAAGAAGAGCACCUUGGGAAUUGUAACCUGAUAGAAAAGUAUAAUUAUUGUUAAAUUUUAAGAUUCUUAUUGGUACUGCUGAUAAAAAUAUUCCCAAUAAUAGAGUAGAAACUUCUAAAUAUAAUAUGCUUACAUUCUUACCUAAAAAUUCAUUAGAAUAAUUUAGAAAAGCAUCCAAUUUGUAUUUCUUACUUUUAGGCAUUUUGUAAUCAUUUUGAAUUCAAUUUAGUCAAAUUCUACCACCAGUCACUACGACAGAUGGAUAACCCACUGUAUAUUUACCUUUAUCUUUCAUCAUUAUGGUCAGUAUGAUUAAAGACUUUUUUGAAGACUUCAAAAGGUAAUUCAAUCAUCACCAUUAGACACCGAGCAGAUGAUGAAGAAAAUAAUCGAACUGUAUAAAAAUACUCUCUUCGAACAGGAGUUUUCGAAUAUGAAAAAUGGCAAAAUGUUUAUGUUGGAGAUAUUAUUAGAAUUGCUAAUAAAUAGGUUUGAUUUUAACUUAAGAGUAGAGAAUUCCUGCUGAUAUUAUUAUAUUAGCAACCUCUAAGGGUGGUGAAUGUUUUGUAGAAACUAAAAAUCUAGACGGUGAAACUAAUCUUAAACCUAAAUAUGCACAUCCACAAUUGUAAUCCUUAUAUAAAUAAUUGAAUGAGAAAGAAUUACCUUAUAAUUUGUAACAUUUUCAAUAAAUACAAUUAGAUUUGUUACAAUGGAUUUUGAACGACAAAAUCCACUUAUGUAUAAAUUUAAGGGUAGUUUUAAUAUUGUUAAUGAAAAUAAAGAAUAACCAAAAGAAGCAUUAAAUUAUGAAAACUUUUUAGAAAGAGGAUGCUCUCUAUAAAAUACUGAUUGGAUUUUAGCAGUUACUGUAUAUACAGGUCAUGAUACAAAGAUUAUGAUGAAUUCUAUUAUUGGAAAAAUGAAAUAUAGUACUGUUGAGAGAUUGAUGAGCAAAUAAAUUUUAUGGGUAUUCUUAUUUUUAUUGUUUGAAUGUAUUUUUGCAUCCACAUAUUACAAUGUCUGGUACUAAAGAAAUGUAAAUGAAUUAUAAUCUUAUCUAAAUAUAGAUAAAAAUGCUCCAGAGAACAAUUCUUUUUACAAUUUUGUUUUAAGAUUUGCAAUGUGGUUUUUAUUGCUUGGCAAUAGUGUUCCAAUAUCUUUAUUGGUAACUUUAGAGACAGUAAAAUUCUUUUAAGCAUAAAUGAUUUAAUGGGAUAAGAAUUAUCUAACAUUUGAUAGAGCUGCUGCUGUUCAUUCUUCAAAUUUAAGUGAGGAGUUAGGAGUAAUUGAAUAUAUAUUCAGUGAUAAAACAGGAACAUUGACAUAAAAUAUAAUGAAAUUUAAAUCUUUAAUUAUUGAUGAUAUAGUUUAUGGGGAUAUAUAGGAAUAAGCAUACUAAUAAGAAAUUAUAGAUGAAAAACCAUUUAAAGAAAAAUAAAGAAUUGUUUCUUAAAAUGUGGAUUUUACAGAUGAUGAAUUAUAUUCUGAAUUGAUUUCUCAAUUCAUAAAUAAAAAGUCUGCAAAACAUUUUUCAAAUAAUGAUCAUAUAUUUUUAAGUCUAUUAUGUUUAUCAUUAUGUCAUACUAUAUAAACAGAAUUAGUAGAAAAUAUUGAAUCUGAUAUUUAAUAUAAUGCAAGUUCUCCAGAUGAAUUGGCAUUAGUGAGUUUUGCAGCAGAGAUGGGUUUUAAAUAUAUUGGUAAAGAAGAAAAUGUAAUGAAAGUUUAUAUAAAACACAGUAAGGAAAUCUUAAAGUUUUAAAUUUAAUAAAUUAUUGAAUUUAAUAGUACAAGAAAGAGAAUGUCAAUAGUAUUAAAAGAUAAGAAUGGUAGAUUGAUACUGUUUUGUAAAGGAGCAGAUAAUGUGAUUUUAUCAAUGUUAUAAGACUUUGAUGAAAACGAUACUAUUUAAAAAAAUAUUCUAUUUGAGAUAAAAAAGUAAUUGCAAGAAUAUGCUACAAUAGGAUUAAGAACUUUAGUAUUAGGAUACAAGGAAUUGGAAUAAAAAGAAUAUGAAAAGUUUUUAUCUGAAUAUAACAGAGCAUAAGCUAUAUUGGACGAUGAUUAAUUAAGAGAAUCUUUAAUGAAUUAAUUGGAAGAAAUGAUAGAAAAUAAUUUAAAAUUAUUAUGUGCAACAGCUAUAGAAGAUAAAUUAUAAGAUAAAGUAGGAGAAGUAAUAGCUGAUUUGAAAUCUGCUGGAAUAAAUGUUUGGGUAUUAACAGGAGAUAAGAUAGAAACAGCAAUUAAUAUUGGUUUUUCAUGUAAAUUGUUAACAGAUUAAGUGAAAAGAUUUAUAAUAGAUGGAGAUGUAGAGGGAUAGGUAGAAAGAUAAUUGGGAAAGGUAACAAAUUAUAUUAAUGAUCAUCCUGAAGAACCUUUAUCAUUAAUAGUAUCAGGAGUAGCACUUGUUAUAAUAAUUCAUAAUUUCAAAGAAGCAUUCUUCAAGGUUGCUUUGAAAGCAAAUGCUGUAAUGGCUUGUAGAGUGUCUCCAAAGUAAAAAUAAGAAAUUGUAAAUUUGGUUCGAAGAUUGACAGGUAAAAUAACAUUAGCAAUCGGAGAUGGUGCAAAUGAUGUAGCUAUGAUUACAUAAGCACAUGUUGGUGUAGGUAUUAGAGGUUUAGAAGGAUAAUAAGCAGCAAAAGCUAGUGAUUAUGCAAUUGGAGAAUUUAAACAUUUAAGAAGAUUAUUAUUUUAUUCUGGACAUGAAUCAUAUAGGAAGAAUAGCAAUUUAAUUCUAUUUAACUUUUACAAGAAUCAAUUGUAUAUUGGAGCUUUCUUUUUUUUUGGUUUUUCUAAUGGUUUUAGUGGUCAGAAUCUUUAUGAUUAAUGGUUGUCUUAAAUCUUUAAUGUAUUUUUUACGAGCUUACCAAUUAUUUUAUACGCUCUUUUUGAUGAAAAAUAUCCAAACUCAAAUUAUAUGCAAUUAGUUUAAGAUAAAGCUAAUUUCUUAGAAUCUAGACCUGAUAUAUAUAGAGAAUAUUUAUCAAAACCUAUAUUCAAUUUAGUAUCUUUUUGGAGAUAGUUCCUUUUGGGAUUAUUAUAGGCAAUACUGUUAAUGGUAAUUUCAUUCUAUGCAUUUGAACCUAUUUCACCACAUAAUUAAGGAUAAAAUUCUACAUAUUUAGAAGCUGGAAUGACAAUCAUGAGUGCUGUUGUUAUUAUAGUCAAUUUAAAAGUAUUGCUUAUGCAUAAUACAGUAAUUAUUAUAUAUAAUACAUUUCUAGAAUUAUCCAAUCAUAAUUUAUAUCAAUCUUGGAUCAACAAUAUGUUUUAUAUUAUUUUUUUUACUUUUCUCACAAUACCCAUUUUUUGAAAGCUUUGAUCUCUUCCAACGUUUAUUUGAAUGUUUUAAUUACUAUAUGGCUAUGAUUUUGAUGUUAAUAGUUACUAACUUCUUUGAUUUAGCUAGGUUAAGAUACAAUUACUUUGUUGAAUAAUAUAAAGAGCAUUAGUCAAACAAUCCACCAACUUAAUUAGAAAUUGAAAUGUGAUAUGUAUAAU